GUUGAUACCUGCUGCCGCAGUGUUCGAAAACUGUGGGUGGAUUAGUUGAAUCGGCGCAUUGGGUUGGUGAGCGUUCGCGAGGAAGUGCGGCGGAGAUGCAUCAGUCGCGACCUGGCUGCAACAUGCGCGUGCUCGCUAUUGUGGUUUUCCGUGGGACCGAGCGGAUAAUUUGCAAACCUUUGUAGACUCGUUUCUUUUUUCUUUUUUCUUUUUCUUUUUUUUUUGCUUCUUUUAAAUUUCUGGUUCAAAGGUCUGCUGCCUGCGGGACUGGAGCAUGGGCUUGAGAUAUGUGGGUUACGAAGAGGUCAUGAAGUUGGUGCUUUCAAUGGGAAGGAGGGCGGAGUUCAUGUGGAGGGGAAGUAGAGGAAGAAGGUAGAAGUGAACAGUGAUUCUUGAUGAGGGUCGAUUUGAAGUAGACAUCCCAUUUGAAGCUUGUAGGCAAGAUGUGCCCCAUGUGUGAGAGAAGAGCGCAGCUGCUGCUUCAGCAGCAAGCCGUUGUGGAGGCUACCUCCGCAAAUAAGGAAACAGGUACUUUCCACACGGGAGGAAAAUCUUACCUCUUCCGAAACCCCUUUAAGACAUGCAAGAAUUUGACCUACCAAUGCUGCUCACCGCUGUGCGAUAGCCACCGGACGUCGAUUGCGUCUGUGCGACCAUCUCCUACCCCGGAGAAUUCCGAUGAGCUAAGCCUGGAUCUCCGAGAUGACAUCUACCGCGUAUCGGAGUCGCCUCUCAGUGCGGAGCCUCUGCAAACGAAAGAAAAUCAACCUCCAGAAUCGAAGACUGCACAGGUAGCGCCUGAACCAGCAGGAGAGCCAGUAGAACCAAGGAGGAAACGGAGAGGGUUGCUUACGCGGCUGAAGCUUCUCACCUAUGGCGUACCGCUAGAGGAGCCCAUCAAGAGUUUGGAUCAUGAGUCGAGUGGCACAGAUUCUAGCUUCACAGCUUGUGCGAAGAAGGUCAUAGCCGUGGCGGAAGAUCUCGACCAUGGGGAGCAUCAUGUCAGAGAAAUCGCCUUCGAACCGGCCUCAGUAGCAACCUUUUUGGCUGCUGAAUCGUCCCUGGAUACAAUCUCCGAGGACAGCUUCAACGUGUCAGAGUCGAACAUCUCUGAGACGACUAUGCUCUCCAUGAUGAAUAUGAACGGCAGCUUCAGCUCCCCGUUUGAGCUCUCCCACCGGGGAUCAACGCUCAAGUCCAGUACAUACGACGAUGACGCGAGUACCUUUGCCAUCGUGCCCCGCACUAGUUUGCAAUCGAGCUUCAUUCACGAAUGGGCGAGUGAUGCGAGUGGGCUGUCGGAUAGGUUUGGGGAGCUUGACAUCGGGUACUUGUCGCUGGAGGAGAGUGGAGAAGGUCCCGAUUUUGACGAUACCGUGUCUAUUUCUUCGUCGCAGCACGAUGACUUGGACUUGCACAUGCACCCUCAAGAUGACGUGGUGUCAGAGUCCGACUUAGAUCAAGAUUACAGCAUCGGCACGGACUCGCAAGAGUGGUGCACGGAAACUGAAGAUGCGGCAUCGUUGUUGGACCGAUCCAGAGGUCAUCACCGAACUCGUAGUAAAAACCACCUCCACCUCCACCUUCCUGACCUUCGAACCACGCCCCCUCACGAUAUCUCCCAACCAAAGGAUGACGAUCUUCAUCUUCCAGAGCUUCAAGCCACACCACCCCACGAUCUCUCCCCGCCUCCGCUCCCAAUGCAGCAAUCCAGGGACGUGAUCAAAGGAGAUGUUUCACUAAAAGAAGAUCCUGCUCGCCAUGAGCCUGACGCUGCACAGGCCAAAGUCGAAGAAGGUUGUCCACCAGAGAAGAAUGCGCUUCGGCCGGAGACAAAGUGCACGGAGUUUUUAUGCUCACAGUGCGGCCGCAAAGAAAAGAGGGUUGAAGUCCAAGACCAGCAACGGCCAUCAACGAGGUCGGUGAUUUCCAAAGACAACCCCAUGUCAGCUUACUUCCACAACAUGGAUGGUUCCAAACGGGCCCUGAUUGCAGACAAAGUGGUGGUCCUCUUGGGCAAGUAUGGCAACCGCAAGGGACUCCGAGUGGCGGGAUUCUCACCUGGGCGGAAGGAGUCCCACGACGAGGUCGCCCUGUCUGCGAAUGAGCUCGACAGGCUGCGGAGCAUGAUUUGCCCCAAGAAAGACGCCGUGACUUCGUUCCAGAGCGAGGUUGCGCGCAUGAUGCUGGAAGGGGUGGACGCGCCAGACCUCAACAUGGACGUAGAGCAGUUCAUCGCGGGCUACAUGAAGCUGAACUCUCCGUUCUACAUCGAUCUCAUUGAAGACUUCUUCAAGUCUGUCUGCAUUGAUUGCUUCGGCCACAUGGGGGCAGCCAGGAGGGCGAAAUCCAGCCAACAACGCCCUGCAUUGACUGUGCUGAAGCCGAAGCGGGGCACCAAGAGUGCUGUGAAGAACACAGGCAAGAGAUAGAUUCUAGGGGACUUCAAUCAGUUGAUUCCUAUGGCUAUCUUCGGGGCCUCUUCGACAAAGAUCUCUAGACUUCAUGAUCCCUGUACAGAUUCAUUUUUUCAACUCCCCCUAAAAGAUUUGUCCAAUUGUUGAAUUAUUGUCGCCCCAUGGCUUGUAGAAUAAUGUGGUACAACGGUCCGUUGUAGGUAAUGGUAGCGAGGUGAAGGACGCUCGAGUCUUCCGCCAGGAUGCACAUUUUGAUGAAAAAAACACCUCCAUGCAGGCUGGGUCCAGCCACAACUUCGAUUCAAGUUGUGUUGAAAUAAAUGGCCUCCAUGUCACAUCUGCAAUUCCAGUUUUUGCUCAA